AUGGCUUAUGAAAAUUAUGUUCGCGACCUCUCGUAUUUGACAUCUGGUGAUCUAUCGGAUCUGACCCUGAACUUUAGCGACAAGAGCUGGCGGAUUCACAAAGCUCUUGUGGUCUGUCACUCCAAAUGGUUUCAAAAGGCUCUCACCGGCGGCUUGGUGGAGACAAGCAGUGAAGCAAUUACUUUGCAAGACGAUCCAGUAUACACGAAUGCAAUUGACUGCAUGGUGUCAUACAUCUACGAGGCAGGCUACAAUGUCUCUAAAUUCGACACUCUAGAACCUCUCCUUCAUGCACAAGUUACUAUAAUCGCCGACAAAUACGACUGUGCAUCUCUUUGCAAGCUUGCAAAAACGUCAUUUGCAAACACGGUCAUGACUGUCAAUCCCAGCGACUGGGCCGUAAUUGCUGCCUUUGUCUACGACUAUACGACAACUGUACCACCAGCUCAUGUGGAGCUAAGGAACUCGGUCAUCUCUGCCGUUGCGGGUCGCCAUUGGAUGUUAAAAGCAACCCUACGAGAGGAGAGGGUACUCGAUGUCCUACGUUCAAACGCAGACCUGGCAACAGACCUUCUGCUAGGUGGGCGACAUGGACCUAAGUUCGGCUAG